UAACAAUGACCUGAAGGAUUCAGGAGUGAAGCUGCUCUCUGUUGGACUGUGGAAUCCCCACUGUAAACUGGAGACUCUGAGGCUGUCAGGCUGUCUUGUCACAGAAGAAGGCUGUGCUUCUCUGGUCUCAGAUCUGAAGUCAAACCCCUCACACCUGAGAGAGCUGGAUCUGAGUAACAAUGACCUGAAGGAUUCAGGAGUGAAGCUGCUUUCUGCUGGGCUGGGAAAUCCCCACUGUAAACUGGAGACUCUAAGGCUGUCAGGCUGUGGAGUCACUGAAGAAGGUUGUGCUUCUCUGGUCUCAGCUCUGAAGUCAAACCCCUCACAUCUGAGAGAGUUGGAUCUGAGUAACAAUGACCUGAAGGAUUCAGGAGUGAAGAUGCUCUCUGUUGGACUGGGGAAUCCCCACUGUAAAUUGGAUACUCUGAGGCUGUCACGCUGUCUCGUCACAGAGGAAAGCUGUACUUCUCUGGUCUCAGCUCUGAGGUCAAACCCCUCACACCUGAGAGAGCUGGACCUGAGCUACAAUCACCCAGGAGACUCAGGAGUCAGACUGCUCUCUGCUGGACUGGAGGAUCCACACUGCAGACUGGAGAAACUCUGUGUGGAACAUGGUGGAGAGUACACAAUGAAACCUGGGCUUAGAAAAUAUGCCUGUGAUCUCACACUGGACCCAAACACAGCACACAGACUCCUCUCUCUGUCUGAGGAGAACAGAAAGGUGACAUGGAGGAGAGAGGAGCAGCCGUAUCCUGAUCACCCAGAGAGAUUUAAGGACAGGGAACAGGUGCUGUGUAAAGAGGGUCUGACUGGGCGCUGUUACUGGGAGGUAGAGUGGAGUGGAAGAGGGGCUGUUAUAGGAGUGACAUAUAAAGGACUCAGCAGGAGAGGAGAGGGUAAUGACUGUGUCAUUGGAUUCAAUGACAGGUCUUGGAGUCUACAAUGCUCUGACAACAGUUACUAUGCAAGGCACAAUGAUAAGCUCACUACAAUAGCCAUCCCCUCCUCCAGCUCCCACAGAAUAGGAGUGUAUCUGGACUGGCCAGCCGGCACUCUGUCCUUCUACAGAGUCUCCUCUGACACACUGACCCACCUGUACACAUUCCACACCACAUUCACUGAGCCCCUCUAUCCAGGGUUUAGGGUUUGGUAUGACUCCUCAGUGUCCCUGUGUCAGGUGGUCCCUGUGUCAAACACAACAUGAUGUUUCACUCUAAUCCUGGUCCUGUUCAGUCAGACACACUGGAGCAAUAAUGUAGAAUAUCUCUCUCGUGUGUAAACAUAUGAUUGUAAAUAUUCAUGAAUACACACCAUUGACGUUGACAGACGUUGUCAACUAGGGUCAGUCAUUAAUAGAAUGAAUCACCACACUGUGUUGUAAAAACUGUUUUCAUUUAGAAAUCACUGAUCUUGUUGUUAUUGGGCUUCUUGGUGUUUGUAAAUAUUGUUGUCUGUAGAAUGUUAAUUUGUCAAAUUCUUGACACAACAAUCUUGUUUUUGUUGAAACUCAAUUCAACUGAAUGAAAUGUACAUGUGACAGAUGUGACUAAUAAAGUUAACAAACCAGAUGGAA